AUGAUAAAAGAGCUAAAAAGUACCGGAAACAAGGAAACUCCAACAGGAAAGGCCAAAAGUCGACAGGUGAUGAUGGAUAGACAUUUUCUCUACUCUCAGACAGCUAAGGUCAUUCAGAAACGUCAAGAUGGUGACGUCGACUUCUAUAUGUCAUGGCUGGCCUAUAAACAUGGAUUUGGGAACGCCUCAAAGAACUAUUGGAUAGGGAAUGAUGCAAUCCACACCUUAACUAAGGAUAAAAACCAAGAACUCCGAGUUGAUCUUGAGCGUUAUAACGAACGACAGGCCUAUGCUGUGUAUUCCACAUUUUACAUCGGACAUGAAGUCACUAAAUAUAUACUGACAGUAUCGGGAUACAACGGGACUGCGGGUGACAGUUUGGACGAACAUAAUGGUAUGCAAUUUAGUACAUACGAUCAGGACAAUGAUAUUGUGUUUUAUAAGUGUGCUGUAACCUAUCAUGGAGCCUGGUGGUACAAAGACUGUUACAACGCAAACCUGAACGGACUGUACUCCCCCUCUCCAAAUAAAUCUGGUCAUUUUCCGAUAUGGAAGACCUGGGUGAUAGAAGCUCUACGUAAGACCAUGAUGAUGAUAAGACCGAGAAACUGA